AUGCCACUAUCGAACAGGCGCCGCGCGCGGCGCAAGGAAAUCCAACUACAAGAAACCUCGGACGCGGAAGCUCCGGACUCCUCACCUACCCGGCCGUCGAAUAAGAAGCGCAAGGAUCUCGUGGAUAUGGUGAUAUCAUAUCUCGAUGCCGCCCGCGAAGAAGUGCGCGUGAUACGCGAUCACUCCAAUACGAAGACAGAAAACAAGCAGAGUAUUCGUGCCUAUGCAAAGAUCGCCGGCCGCAACUGGACAUAUUAUGUCAAAACUCUCCAUGUCAACAUUGGGCGCGAACCGGAUCGUGAACAGAAGCUAGAUGAGCAAUCAAGCCCUGUGACCAUCGCUGCACGGGCACUGCCAGAGGUGAAUGUGGAUUUAGGACCUAGCAAGUUUGUAUCACGUCUGCAUGCCGAGAUCUUUUACGACGGCGAGGAGACAGCUUCUUGGCAUAUUCGUGUCAAUGGCCGUAACGGCGUCCGGUUGAACAAUGCCAUCCUGAAGCGCGGCACUGAUGCGAUCCUUUCAUGCGGUGAUAUCAUUGAGAUUGCCAACACCCAGAUGAUGUUCGUUACCCCCGGUGAUAAAGCCAACAUCCAUCCCAGUUUCGUCCAACGCGCACAGCGCCUUGCCAACGGGGAAGAGGAUGUAGCCGCGUGGGACGCCUCGCAACAUGCCCAUCCCCACCCUGCGCCAUCGGGUGCCCCCGAGACCACACGCCCUCCAACUGGCCAACCUUCUUUGGCGCCAGCACCGCAUUUCCUCAAGCGUCAAGUAACGCCGCCGCCACGGUCUCCCGACACUGUUGGUGCCCGGACCGCCAAGCAGUCCCCGUUAUAUAACCGAGGCAUGAUGAUGGAAAGCACGGAGGAGAUUGAUUACAGCAAGGACUCGGCUAAGGAUCUGAAGCCUCCGUACAGCUAUGCCACGUUGAUCGCACAAGCCAUUUUCUCUAGCGAAGAAGAAAAGCUUACACUCAACAACAUCUACAAUUGGAUCAUGGACAAGUAUGCAUUCUAUCGUCACUCCCAGAGCGGAUGGCAGAAUUCGAUUCGCCAUAACUUAUCCCUGAACAAGGCUUUCCAAAAAGUGCCCCGUCGUACCGAUGAACCAGGAAAGGGAAUGAAGUGGCAGAUUGCCCCCGAGUACCGUCCAACACCACCUUAUUCCUGGUCAGUAACAGUGACAUCCGGCCAAAACCUCUCUUCCAACCACUUCACUUGCCUCCACCACCUUUCACACCGUGCCACCACCUCCCCCUCCUCAUUCAGCACUCUUGAAGCCAGAGCAUCAACCACUUCCGCAAUCCCCUCCACAAACUCCCUAAACUCCAUACUCGUCCAAUUAGGAAUGAACCUCUCCCUCAGCGCCCCGCCAUCUAGGUCCCUCUCCCCACCCUCUCCCACACUCCCCAUAACCCGCUUCGCCCCUUCCCAAGACUCCAGAUAA